GAAACUCGGGGCUUCAGGGCUCAGAGUGGCUUUGGCGUCCGCCAGUGUCAGGAUUCGAACUCGCCUCCGCAGAGAUGGUGAUGCUGCUGCUGCUGCGGGCAAUGGCCGCCUUGGGCUGCCUGGUGGCCUGGGUGGGGGCCUCCUUGCUGCACCUCAACGCCCUCCAGUCCAACGCCAUCAAGGGCUCCCCCCCGGCCAGCCCCCCUCCGCCUCUCCCCCAGCCUUUUGGGUGUUCGGAGGAUGAAGACUGCGAGGCGGAGCAGUUCUGCCCCAACUCAGUCCGAGGAGGAGUCCAUGGAGCCCCUGGAUGCCUGGCCUGUCGACGUCGCCGCAAGCGGUGCCACCGUGACGCCAUGUGCUGCCCGGGCAACUUCUGCCACAACGGCUUUUGUUUACCAUUGGAACAUGAUCACUUAUACCCUGGGGAGAUGGAAGAGACCAUCGUAGAGAACUUUGACCACGGUACUUCAGACUCCCACCUCAAAAAGACCACCUCUUCAUCCUGGUUGCACCAUCUGAAAGGCCAAGAAGGUGCUGUGUGUCUCCGUUCCUCAGACUGUGCUGAAGGGCUGUGCUGUGCUCGGCACUUUUGGUCCAAGAUCUGCAAACCUGUCCUUAAGGAAGGCCAGGUUUGCACAAAACACCGCAAGAAAGGAGCCCACGGUUUGGAGAUCUUUCAGCGAUGCCACUGUGGGGAUGGAUUGACUUGUCGUCUGCAGAAAGACCAUACCAUCAGCAACUCUUCCAGGCUACAUACUUGCCAGAGACAUUAGCAGCUGCUACUUCCCCUUCUCCCCAAGCCUGACGAACUUGAGAGACUUUUAGUAAGGGCUGGGACACUUUUCUAUGGACAGUUACCUUUCAAGGACUGACAAGUUUCAGAGUUUACACUAAAAGUUCUCCAGCAAUUUUACCUCUUCAAACCUGGAGCAUGAGGCAUGUUUCUUUAGGGAACUAUUCUUCAAGUGACUAAUUGCAGUAAAUUACUGUGUCUGUAAAUUCUUGGGUGUGGCACUUGUACAUGACAUGAGAUUUUAAUUUUUCCUGAAGUGCUGCAUGGUCUCUUUGUCUAUAGUGACAUGUGUUGUACACACUGGUUUUUAUUAUAUCUUUUCACAAGUAAAAUAAAAUAAAAUGCCUUUUAAAUAUG